CCUAGACGAGCCAAGACCCGCCUGCCCGCCCUCACGUCUGCCUUUUCGACGUCCGCUUGCGUCGCUGUUUUCCCGGCCGGCGCAAUUGCAGGCCAAGAGACGGAAAAGUGUACCAGAGGCCAUCAGCCACCCCUGGCUGCGUACGGAGCAGCCAUUGACUCGUGUCUCCUCUACUCAUCGCACUCAUUCCACCGCCAUUGCGUCCAUUACAUCCAUCCUAUCCAUCCCUCUGAGCAAGCAGCGCCUUCUGUCAGACACCACGAGGCGCGUGCGGUCAUUCCCCGCCCUCACCGUCUUUAUUUCCGGCCCUUUGCCUUUGCCUUUGCUCCACCUUCUCCUCCUAUCGCGCCACUACAGCUUCAUCUAGGCUGCUCCCUUUCCAGCCUCUUCAUCCAUCACUCUCGCAAUACGGUCAGUGGAGAGGUCUCGCUCCUCUCCUGGCGCUACACUAGCCCACGAUGCUGUCGUCUAUGAUACAUCACCCAUGCGAGAUUGCACUCCAUCUACUCUCCGAGGACAUCUUCAUCCAUCCCGCGCCUCCCAACAGCGAGCUCCCGGGUCACGAUCAGACGUUGCGUGGUGUCGUCGAGAUCAAGUCUCCCACCGAGCGCAUCAUCACAGGCCUCAAGGUCACCCUUCAGGCUGUACAGACACUUGCCAUUCCUGAUUCAAGGGAUGCAGGUGGAGUCAGGUGGGAAGAAAAGGUCGUGGUGGACAAGAGCGUAGAGAUUCUUGGUGAUGGAGAGGGAGGCAUCGUCAAGCAUCACAAGAAUCGAGGUAAGGGCAAAGGCAAGGAGAAGAGCUCACAGGUCAAGCAGCUCGAGGCAGCCGUUGAAGGCAUGGACCUGAAUACUGCUCCAGCAUGCGAUGGGGCCGAAGAAGAGAAGAGGGACGAUGGUAUUCACCUCGGCAAGGGAGUCCACGGAUUCGAAUUCUCCUUCAUCAUUCCCGCCUCUUCGCCGCCCUUUGAGCGUUCAAAGCACGGAAGAGUGCGCUAUCUUGUCACAGCUACAGCUCUCGGAGCUGGCAGAGCUCGUCACAACAUCUCCGCCUGGCGAGAGAUCUUUGUCAUCCUCAACGUUGACAAGCACGGUGGUCCAACCCCCCUCGAGAUCACUUACGCCGAUGUCCACGAAGCCUUGGGCCCUAUCAGCUUAUCCCUCACAGCAGCCAGCUUGACCGUGGGCGGGACAGUGACGCUUACGGUCGUCCACCCCGACCCUCCACCGAAGCUCAACGUGCAUGUCAUCCGCGUCUUCUGCGAGCAGACUUUCGAAUUGUACUCGGAAGCGAAGAAGGCCUGGAUGAAGCUGCCCCCUGAGAAGCUGCGAGUGGCCGAGUGGGGCCACAUGCCCAACAAGCCGGCCAAGCCUCUGCCCUUGUCGCAGCAAGUCCAGUCAGACCCUUCCGAUAUCAUUUGGACUGCCGACAAGGAGGGCGCUGGCAAGCCUGGAAAGGGGGCAUAUCACGCGCUGCCCAACAUUGCUCCCUACGGACAAGCCAUUCCCCACACCUCUCUCGCCAAUUCUGGCCCCUCCACACCGGCCUUUGGCUCGUCGCCUCAGAACUCAUCGAUACCCCUACCGACGUCAUUGGAUGUAGGCAGUCGAUCACCCUUACGGCUGGGAGCCGGGAGCGGCAAUGUCACUCCUGGAAAUCGAAAGGGCUACAAGCUCAAGGCUACUGUGAGGCUGCCAAAUGACGACCACAUGCGGCCAAGCACUGUACGCGGUAGUAGAGCAGAGAUUCGCAUUGGCCAUGAGAUGGGUGUGGAAGUCUUCUUCUCACGCGAAGAUGUCCUAGACACUCGAGAGGGAACGGAGAAUUAUGGCAAGCCGAAAGUGCAGGUCUUCUCAGCUCGUAGAUCCGUCGUGGUACCAUCGUGUACGGCCACGUUCGACACUGUGCACCUGCCACCCUACGUGCAAGAGUCUCCGGUUUCUUCGCGCCCUCCUUCGCCGACGAACCUAGCUCGCAAUCAGGCAAAUGCCUUUUCCUCGCCUCAUCAUACCGGGGCGAUGUCCAGCCCCGGUCUCUCGAGCAGCAACAACAACAUCGGCAACCACUCCAAUGCUGACCUGCAGAAGCUCGCCGUCACCCUCCACAACACCCUUCCCGGAGGACGUGGACGACCUGAUGGUCCUUCCUCGGGACCCCAUUCGACUGUUGGCUCGCGGCAAGGGUCAAGAGAUCCCUCUCCCACACGACCACCCCUCGACAGGGGCAGCUCCAGCCACAGCAUCUCCCACAGCAUCUCGGCUGCCUUCAAUGGUCAUUUCCCCCACGGCAUGGGUCGCAAGAGUCGUCCUGCCAGUCGUCCCAGUAGUCGUCCUGCCUCCCCAACGCACGAUGGUGGGAGUGCCUCUGCCUCCCUCUCCACCUCUCCGGCAAAUGCCGCCUCGCACCACCCAUCUUCGCACAGAGGACGUCGCUUCGGCAGCAAUUUCCAGGGCUUCACUCCCGCCGUGGCAACACAGACUACCAGUGCCCCACCCUCGGGGGCCGUGACGCCUUCGUACCACUCGGGUUACCACACCCCUCACCUUCCCCAUCACCACCACGGUCCCUCGACCCUAGCCCCCAAUGCACCGUGGGGCGCCUCGCACCUCCCACCCCGCACAGGAAACUCCCACGACACGUGCAACUGUGGUCGUACCACUGAGGAGUUAGCAGGAGCCGAGCAUCGUCUACUAGAUGGAGUACCUACUGCUCCUGGAAUGUUUAGCGAGACGCACGGGAUGGAUGAGGAACCACCAGCUUGGAGUGAGAGUAGACCUGCUAGUCCAGAUUAUUUCAGUCAAGUCUUUGCAAAUACUAGCAAUCAGAGCGCGGUUAAUACACCGGCUGUCAUGGGAGGUCAUGAUGGAAGUGGACAAGGCAGCGGGAGUGGAAAGGGGUCCUACUUCAAUUCACCCAUGUGGGGAGUCUAGACUAAGCGGUCGUGUGAGGAUUGGAAUUUGCACCUAGAGGAACGAAUGCUUUUGCGGAGGUGAUUUAGUAAGAGGAUAGAUAGACCAAGAGGGAUGGAGAAGUAAAUUAUACUCCUUUUUUCUUUCUUUCUUGUAGACAGCAUAGAAUUUAGAGCAGGAACAUCACUACCAUCAUCAUCAUCACCAAUUCAUCAUCACUUCAAUUGUCAUCAUCGUUAUCAUCAUUAUUA